CAGAUGAGUAAUACGAAUGAGAUAUACAUGAGACGGCCACAUUUGCAACUUGCAGCUCCAUCAGCCGCCUUGCUCACAAUGUCAACUACAAGCUCAAGAAACCGUGUGACCAACUCAGGGUGCGGCCAGGUACGUCUUCAUCCUACUUCUGAGGAACAAGUUCACGCCUCCAACCUCCUUCUCGCCAGAACCGGAAAAGUAUUUAGGUGACGGUGUCGCGCGCCAGAGCAGUCUAGAUUUCCUUCCUUCUCCAUCCGUUUUCCAAAACACCCGGUCAGCAUUCGCCUCUCAAACCAACUAUGAAGCUCAUCACCCUUCUCGUCCUGUGCCUCCCUUUGCUGGGCCUGGCAAGCGACCAGCACGCGUCGGUUGAUCCCGAGGUGCAGGCAGCCAAGGACGUCCUUCAGCUCCAGAAGCAGUAUCAGGAUAACCUGCGCGCUUCAAUUCGCCGCCGUAGAACCGUCUGUAACCCAAAGAAUCUCCUCCAUCGUCGCGAAUGGGGUUCUCUCUCCGAGCCCGAGCGCGAGGACUACGUCAACGCAGUGCACUGCCUCGCCAACAAGACCGGCCAGACCUCGCAAACCGACAUCCCCGGCGCGCGCACGCGCUAUGACGACUUUGUCGGCUGCCACCUCCAGCAGUCGCCCUUUGUGCACGCUGACGGCCUGUUCCUCAGCUACCACCGGCACUUCGUCCGCCUGUACGAAAAUGCCUUGCGGACCGAGUGCGGGUACCAGGGCGCGCAGUCCUACUGGGACUGGGGCCUGACGUACGAGGACCCGCGCAACGCCACCGUCUUCGACGGCUCGCCCUGGUCCCUGGGCAGCAACGGGCUCUACGUGCCGGACCGCGACCCCGUGACCAUCAACGUAUUCGGCCAGAAUCUGACCUUCCAGCCGGCCACGGGCGGCGGCUGUGUCGCCUCCGGGCCCUUCACCCCGGAUAAGUACGUCAUCCACCUCGGGCCCAUCGCCGGCAGCCCGCAGGGGCCUCAGGGCGGCCUCGGCUAUAAUCCGCGCUGCCUGACGCGCGACCUCGACCCGGCCUUCAGCCGCGACACGCACCCGACCAAUGUGUCCUGGGAACUGGCCUGCGCGGACGUAGCCUGCUUCAACCAGCUGCUCGACGCGCCGGGCGGGAUCCACACGUCGGGCCACUUCCAGGUCGGCACCAUUACGCUCGAUGUGCUAGUGAGCCCGAGCGAUCCCAUCUUUUGGCUGCACCAUGCCCAGAUCGAUCGGCUGUACCCCAUCUGGCAGGGCCAGGAUCUGAGGACGCGGCUAAACCAGGUUUAUGGCACGGUUACUACCGCGAAUAUUCCGCCUAGCGAGAAUGCUACGCUGGAUACAACGAUCAGCUUUGGUGUGCUCGACUCGCCAAAGGCUAUUCGUGAUGUUUUGUCGACCGUGGAUGGGGAUAACUGCUACAUUUACGAGUGAGGGGUUGUUAGCAUUCUGGCUCGGGGGUUGUAUGUGCAUGACCAGGCUGCCUUGGGUGGCAAAACAUACACUCGAGGAAGGUAAUUUGAAUUGAUUGGGGAUGGAUCAGGGAAGGCAAUCUCCCCAUUGGUACAUGGCGUUAUCCAGUAAUGGUACAGAGAGAGUUGAGAUGUAAGGAGUAGGUAAUCUUCACAUAAAUGCACCAAGUCUCCAUGUUCUCUCCUUUCCAUGGCCAUUUGCGGCUCGGAUCUCGCAAGAUCAAAGGAUGCCGAAUAAGUCAUUGGGAUGGAGUGCGACGGGCCCAUAGCUGAACUCUACCAAGGUAUAAGGCUGCGGUGAAAGUGAAUAAAGCUGACAACCUAGCCCAGAUGUUAGAAAGGUGUCAUCGGAACGACACGAAGUAGAGUGUCG